AUGCUCUUUAUCUCCGUCCUCACCACCAUUGCGGCGGUUGGCGGCGUCAACGCCGCCUCCUCGUUCGCCUCCACGGCCGACGGCCGGAACCAGUUCACGCCCAUCCAGGCGCCCGUCCUCAACGCCGCCAACCCGGGCAUCGACAACUGGAAGUUCACCAUCAAGGAGAAGACGGGCCGGAAGCAGACGGUCAAGGGCUUCGGCGCGGCCGUCACCGACGCCACCGUCGCCGCCUUCAACAAGCUCAACGCCAACCUGCGCUCGCAGCUGCUCAACGAGAUCAUGACGCCGGCGGGCCUCAACUUCAACCUGCUGCGGCAUACGGUCGCCAGCUCGGAUCUCUCUGCCGAUCCGGCGUACACGUAUGACGAUGCUGGCGGCAAGGUCGAUACGGGAUUGAACAGCUUUGGGCUGGGAGAUCGUGGGAAUGCCAUGAUCAGCAUGCUGGCCAACAUGCGGAAGCUGCAGUCCAACCUGACUAUUCUGGGAUCACCGUGGUCGCCUCCUGGGUGGAUGAAGGUCAAGGGCCAGCUGAUUGGCGGCGGCACGGCCAACAACAAGCUCAACCACGCGUAUGAGGAUGCGUACGCGCAGUACUUUGUCAAGUACCUGAAGGCGUACGAGAGCGGUGGUGCGCAUAUCGAUGCCAUUACGCUGCAGAACGAGCCUCUCAACAACAAGGACGACAUGCCGACGAUGCUGAUCCAGCAGGACGAGUCAGGAGCCUUGAUCCGGGACAAGGUUGGGCCUGCUCUGAGGAAUGCGGGCUUGAGCACGCAGAUCUGGGCCUGGGAUCACAACCAAGACGUCUACUCGUACCCCCAGACCGUCAUGAACAUGGCCAGCCAGUACGUCCAGGCCGCCGCUUGGCACUGCUACGCCGGCAACAACCCCGACAACUGGACGCCCCUGACCAAGUUCCACAACGAGUUCCCCGGCAAGGACCAGUACAUGACCGAGUGCUGGACGGCCGUGGGCACCACCGACUGGGUCCACAGCUCCAGCUUCAACAUGUUCCCGCUGCAGAACUGGGCCAACGGCGUCAUUGCCUGGACGCUGGGCUCCUUCACCGGCGGCGGCCCUGCGUUGUCUGGAGGCGGUAACUGCCACCAGUGCACGGGUCUUGUUACCGUCUCUCCGGAUGGAAGCAGCUACAAGAAGGAGAUUGACUACUACAUGAUGGGACAGUUCAGUCGGUAUAUUCCCAAGGGAGCUGUUGUCGUCGAUGGUACGGGCAGCUACUUGUUCCCUGAUAACACGGGCAUGGAGGCCGUCGGCACGAUUAACCCGGAUGGCACCCGCACGGUGGUCAUCCAGAACAGGUACAACCACGAUAUCUGGGUGCAGGUGGGCACGGAGUCGGAGAGCCAGACUUGGAAUGCUCGCGUUCCUGGUUCGUCGGUGACGACUUGGAUCCUGCCCAAGGCUUAA